CUGGAUGCUUAACCAACUGAGCCACCCAGCCUGUAGGUGCUGGCUCCCCAGGGACAAGAGGAAUCCAGGGAAAAAGGAGAAGAUUCCAACACUUAGGCAUCAGCAUCUCUGGGGAAACCUUUGACUGGAGACUGAGAUUUUUGAACAGAAAUUUAGAGCUGAUCCAGAAGAGCUAAAGACAGAACAUCCCUGUUAGCACCCAUUUCCCAAAAUCAGAAGAAGAUGAUCCAGGCCCAGGAAUCCCUGACAUUUGAGGAUGUGGCCGUGGGCUUCUCCCGGGAGGAGUGGCGGCUCCUGGUCCCCGCCCAGAAGGACCUGUACCGGGACGUGAUGCUGGAGAACUUCAGGAACUUGGUGUCCGUGGGGUAUCUCGCCAGCAAACCAGAUGCACUCUCCAAGUUGGAAGGAGGAGAACUUUGGACAACAGAAGAUGAGAUCGACAGUCGAAUCUGCCCAGAAAUCAGGAAAGUUGAUGAUCCCCUGCAGUGUCAGUUACAAAAUCAAAGCAUUCAGAAGAGUGUGGAACAAUGCUGUGAACAUAAUACAUUUGCAAGCAUUUUUAACCAGAGUGAAAGUGAUUUUCUGUUGAAACAAAAUUAUGAUAUGUUUGAUUUACAUGAAAAACCUUUAAAAUCAAAUUCAAGUUUGGAAAGCCAGAGUAUAAGCUGCAAUUUGGAGAACUCUGCUGAGUUUCACGAAGAUGGGAAAUCCCUUCUUUAUGGUAACCACGAACAAUUUUACAGUGUAAAUAAAUUUCCUGUAGGUGUAAAACCCAUGGAUAAUAAUUCCCAGGUCAUGAAACAACGGAGAACUCAAAAUACGCAGAAAGCCCAUGUAUGCAGUGAAUGUGGGAAAGCCUUUGUCAAGGUGUCUCAGCUCACUGAUCAUCGGAGAGUUCAUACUAGAGAGAAACCUCAUGGGUGCGGUACGUGUAGGAAAGCAUUCUCCAGAAAAUCCAGGCUAAUUGAACAUCAGAGAAUUCAUACAGGACUGAAACAUUAUGAAUGCACUGAAUGUGACAAAACAUUUCCUAAGAAAUCACAAUUCAACAUACACCAGAAAACUCAUAUGGGACAGAAGCCUUAUACAUGUAAUGAAUGCGGGAAGGCAUUCAUCAAGAAAUGUCGGCUCGUUUAUCAUCAGCGAACUCAUACAGGAGAGAAGCCCCAUGAGUGCAGUCUAUGUGAGAAAGCCUUCUCUACAAAGUUUAGUCUCACUACGCAUCAGAAAACUCAUACAGGAGAGAAACCAUAUAUAUGCAAUGAAUGUGGAAAAGGCUUCAUUGAGAAGAGGCGUCUUGUGGCACAUCAUCGAACUCAUACUGGCGAGAAACCUUUUAUGUGCGAUGCAUGUGGGAAAGGUUUCACCCUGAAGAACAGUCUUCUCACACAUCAGCAAACUCAUACAGAAGAGAAAUUGUAUACAUGCAGUGAAUGCGGAAAAGGCUUUUCAAUGAAGCACUGUCUCAUCGUACAUCAGCGAACUCAUACAGGAGAGAAACCCUACACAUGCAGUGAGUGUGGAAAAGGCUUCACCUUGAAGAGUCCGCUCAUCAGACAUCAGCGAACACAUACGGGAGAGAAACCCUAUGUGUGUAGUGUAUGUGGAAAAGGCUUCACCAUGAAGAGUGAUCUCAUUGUACAUCAGCGAACUCAUACUGCAGAGAAACCAUAUAUAUGCAGUGAUUGCGGGAAAGGCUUCACCGUGAAGAGCCGCCUGAUUGUACACCAGCGAACUCAUACGGGAGAGAAACCCUACAUAUGCAGUGAAUGCGGGAAAGGCUUUCCAGCAAAGAUACGGCUGGUCGGACAUCAACGAACUCACACGGGAGAGAAGCCCUAUAUAUGCAGUGAAUGUGGAAAAGGCUUCACAGAGAAGAGUCAUCUCAAUGUGCACAGGCGCACUCAUACAGGAGAGAAACCCUAUAUAUGCAAUGAGUGUGGCAAAGGCUUAACUGGGAAAAGCAUGCUCGUUGCACAUUUGCGAACUCAUACCGGGGAAAAACCGUAUAUAUGCAGUGAGUGUGGAAAGGGCUUCACCAUGAAGAGUACUCUAGGUAUACAUCAGCAGACUCAUACCGGAGAGAAGCCAUACAAAUGCAACGAAUGUGAUAAAGCCUUCCGGAAGAAGACCUGCCUCGUACAACAUCAGAGAUUUCACACGGGAAAAACCUCCUUUGCAUGUACCGAAUGUGGAAAAUUUUCUUUGCGCAAAAAUGAUCUCAUUACCCAUCAGAGAAUUCACACAGGAGAGAAACCAUAUGAAUGCAGGGAAUGUGGGAAAGCCUUCACGACCAAGUCAGGGCUCAAUGUUCAUCAAAGAAAACAUACCGGAGAGAGGCCCUAUGGAUGCAGUGAUUGUGGGAAAACUUUUGCCCACUUGUCAAUCCUUGUUAAACACAAGAGAAUUCACAGAUAGUCACUUUGGGAAAACCUGUUGCCAGUUGUAGGCCCUCAAGAUAAUAUUUUGCAAUGAAGAAUGAAUGCAAAGAAUGGUAUUAUCUUUAGUGAUCAGUUGUGUCACAUUUUACGUUGACAAAAAAUUUACAAAACUGCUCGCGCAGUCAGCCUUGAUGAAAAUAUCUUAGGACAUUAUACAUCUAAAAAGUGUUGACUAAGAUAGAUUCUAUGAAUGUGACAGACUAGGAAAGCCUUCGGUGGGAAGAAGACCUAUCACGUGAUCAUCACAGAUCAUGAACGACUAGGAAAGCCUUUGCCCAGAAGUUAAGAUCUCAAUAGAUGUUAAUUCACACUAGAGAAGUACUUUCCUAUGGUAAUCAAUAUAGUCCGGUCUUGAAGUAACGUAUUUGCCAGGAAAUCCACACAGAAAUAACUUAGGAACACGUUCAAUGUGGUGGACUUUAGCAAAAUACCGGACAACUUAAGGAAAGAGGCCUUGGGGAAAUGAUGAAGGAGAGCGUUCUGUCCUAUGUCUAAACAUAACAGAUAAUACACCUCUCAGACAUUGAGAACAGGAUACCUUCGGCCAUAUGUCUGACUGCCUUGUCAUUGAUGUUACCAAUUUUAAAUCAUGGCAGUUACUCUAAUCAUGUAUUAAAUUUUAAUAUGUACAAUG